AGAUACUCAAACUCAUGUUAGCAAUUCCACUAAGAAAAAUUCCUCAAAUAUCGAUUCAAAAUAUCUUUUAAAAAAGAUGAAAUAAAAACGUUGGUUGAAAAUGUCCUUUUUAUCUGGAUUACACCUUUACCGGAAAAUUACCUGUUUUCCAAUUCAAUCAAAUCACUAUAGCUACUCUUUAUGCUCUCUAUUGUUGCAUCCGAAUUCCAGAACUCAGUGGUUCAGUUCAGGAGCUGGCUCGGCCACUCAGGCCGAGUUCCCUGGCGAGAAUGCGUACGAUAUCUUAGGAGUUGCCGAGACCAGUUCGUUCGCUGAAAUCAAAGCGUCGUUUCGUAAGCUCGCAAAAGAAACUCACCCGGACCUUGCUGAGUCGAAGAACGAUUCACCAGAGUCUUCGAAAAGUUUCGUCCGGAUCCUCGCCGCUUAUGAGAUUCUUUCAGAUUCUGAGAAGAGGGCGCAUUAUGACAGCUAUCUGCUAUCUCAGAGAAUGGUUGUGCAGAAACAUUCUAGACAAGGUUCGACGUUGUUCUCGUAUACUACCCAUAUGUCUAUUAAUAAGCAGAUGGAAGUUGUUGAAUGGUUAAAGUGGUAUAGAUUAACUAUAAAUGAUAUCGUGUCUCAAAGGAAAGCAGUGGUCGGAACUGGCUAUUUUGAUGUUCUUGAAGCAGAUUUUUAUUCUGCGAUACAAACAGCAUAUUAUGGUCCUGUAAUUGAAUCCAUGGAUCUUCUUCCUGAUCGAUUUGAAGCUGAAGAAAGGUCUGUGUAUGAAACUCCGGAGGUACUGCACUUGGUUUCAGGGCGCGAUCUUUUUGGGAUGGUUUGCCUGGUUGAUAGGGUUCCUGAGUUAUCUUUUAGCUAUAAUGAGAAAUUGACUUCUUUUAUGUCUUCAGCUUCAAUCAUGUCCCGGUCUACCCAAAAUUCUAGAAUCUGCAUGAAUGACAAGCAUGACAUCCAUGGUGGAAAUUCUCAGAUUCGAGUAACAGAUAGAAAAAAUCAUGCAUCUGAUGCAUAUAGAGAUUUGGAGUUACAUGUAUCUGGAAGAGUGGUUGCUGUUGCCACCAGAAUCCCUCCUAAAAGCUGUUUUGGUGAAACACAAAAUGAGGAUGUUGAAGACCUUAUACAAGUUUUUCUUACUUCAGAUGAUGAUUCCAUGCCUUUCAGUCAAGGAUUGGAUUGUAAAGUUAGAUCCCGAGUUCUGUUGGGAACAAUAACUGGACUUGGAACCUGCCCAGAAGAGGGAUCAUGUUUUGUUUACAAUAGAAAUGGUUCAAAAACCCAUGUGAUAAUGAAACAUAGGACAUUGCUGGUGAAGCAUAUGCAUUGGUUUCGGGUGGGAAAGGAAGUUUCUGUUUGUGAGUGUAGAUGUAGUAGAGCUCGAUUACCACCUAGCAAAUUUUGGUUGUUUGAACCUCGUUGUGGAAUGCAUGACAUUGGUGGUUGGUACAUCGAAACCUUUGGGCGAGAUAAGAAAGGCAGGACAGUCCCAUCCCAAAGAUAUUGGGAUGGGGUUGAUGCAGCUGAACAAUUUGAUGAGAGACUCCAUCCAGCUAUGUAUUUGCUUGCCCUUGCAUAUAGGACUCUAGAUAUUGAAGAUGCAAAAAUAAGGAAGCAAACCAUUUGGAAAGUUGUUGGAGGAAAACUAUUUAGAAUCCUCAGUUUGUACAAGAAGUUUGUUUAGGAUAAAUACCUCUUUGGGAUUGUGAGUAUGCAUUAUACUUGGUUGGGGAGCGUCAAGCAGAAGUCGCACUAGCAAAUUUAUUGGUGAAAAAUGGUCAAGGGGGUGCAAUUUGUAUUUGGCAUUCAAUUUUUCCGAGCAUAGUGAAACGCCAUGAAGGUACUGUGAUAAAUGAAGAUAUUGGAAGUUCUCAUUUGGAUGUAUGAAGAAAAUGAUUCCAUUGCGUGCCCAUUUAUGCAUCUUAUUAAGAUAAUUCGAAUGAUCUGUGUCCACUGUUCAGACCUGUUCGCUCUACUUCAUUGUCAGCACUCGAAUCUGCUAUAAGAGAG